AAUCUUGAUGCGUUGUGAAGCAUGCGCACCACGCACGCACUUACCAACACCGUGGUGCGAACGCACUUAACAAUACUAAAUCUGCCAUCAAACGGUGCCGGGGAAGCGGGUUCGUACGCCCAUCGGAUGAAAAAGGGAGGAUUUUAGAAAGCUAAGCGCCUGCCCAAAACCAGUUCUGACACGCUUCAAUUGCUGGAGAUAGAAAGGGAAGAGCAGAUCAGAGCGCUGUCGGGCCUCGGAGAAAGAAAGAGGAAAACCAAGGUCCACAUCCCUCGUCUCAGAUAAGCAAUUUUUUUGCCAAAACCCUGGUUCGAGAUUUUCCGUCUCUUCCAAUACCUCAUGGCCGGAAACCACUACUGCCACCAUCAUCACCACCACCACCAACAGCAGUGCUGCUGCUGCUGCUGCUACUGCUGUUCCACUUCCAGUUUUAUUCCCCCACCAUCACCACCACCAACCACCAUCGAUUCUGGUCUGUUAACCAUCGCAAGCUACCUUGCCGCUUCCCUCCAGCAACCGCAGUCGCCACCUCCACCACCACCAACAGCAACUCCACCAUCGCCACCACAGUCGAAGGCAGAUCCCCUUGAUCUUCAAUCCCUUCUCCAUCGCGUCUCGACCAUGGAGUCUGCACUCCGCCGCCUCUCUCUGAUACCAGCAUCACCAUCGCCGCCGCCAGCUUCUUCAACCCCUCCUCGUCCCCAUGCCAAGAAUACCCAGAUUCAGACGCCACCGAGAUCGUACAAUAACUCCAUGGCUCAUUCGCUUAGGGACCAUGCGGCUCGCACCAUCCAGACCCAUUUCCGCGCCUUCCUGUUGCGGCGAUCCCAGAUGCUCCGCCACCUCAAGCUCAUCGCUUUCGCCCAAACCUUUUUAAACAACCUCAGACUCAGGCUCUCUGAUCAAACCCAGCUCGCCCUCCUUUGCCGGAAAGAGGAAGCCAGGCGAGAGCUCGUGGAGAGAACCGCGGAUCUCCUCGCCAAGGUCGAUGCAAUUCGGACUGGAGAUUCAAUGAUUAUGGAGGCGAAGAGAUCGGUGAGCAGAGAUCUGGCUGGGGUUUUAGACGUUCUAAACGGGUCUUUUUCCACAAAUGACCAUACAAGGAGGUGGGUAGCUAGUGAAUCCAACAAUGGCGGUGCAGAGAAGGUGGGGAGGCAUUUCAGUUGUGAUGGAUCCUUCAAUCAUGAUGUGAGAGAGCACGCUGGUUCCGGAAGAGAGACUGGGUUUAUCGGAUUGGGGAAAGCUGGUGAGUUCUCUCCAGAUAUUGGUGGCAGAGAUGGGACCGAAUGCAAGAGCCAUGUGAACAAUGAUGCACCAAAUGUGAAAAAAAUUGUGGAGGCUCUUGAUGCUGGUGACAAUGGUGGUUUUUCUUUUGAAGAGAAAUCUGAGGAGGAUCGGCUCCCUGUUCACUGGGAAGGUAACAGUUUCGGGUUGGCCGCACCAUUGCCGCUCCAGAUGGAGCCUAGAAGCACCGAGUUGCUGCAGGAAUUUGCUAAACAACUAUAAUGUUUGGUUUGCCAAAAAAAGUUUGUUGACUUUGUGUAUUUUGCUUUUUCUCCUUGACGAUGAACUGAUCUGCUUUUUGCUUAUUUGUUGGAGCUGUAAUUUUUGGGAAAUUUUUUCCCCUCACUUUUGGAACCUUUUAGAAGCAGAAAUGUCUGCUCCUCCAAUUUAUGGUUUUAUGAACAAUUGAAGAGUGAUUUUUGUUUCUA